CGUGCGCUGAGCUCAGAAGAAAAGGAACGGCCGGCGCCAUGCGCUUUCAUCAAGACCCACGAUUUGAGCCGAUACCUCGCAAGUGUCAAAAUAUAGAUGCCAUGGAAAUGUAAGAGCGUCACAUUUCCUUCUGUCAAAUCCGGCGAGAAACCCGGCCGUAAAGACUGUAAUGAACCCACGCGGAGUAGGUACAGUGACAGCGUUAAUUUCAAUUUCGGUUGUUGUGGUAAAGUUGCGGGGUGUUGCUGUAAACGGUCGAAUUAUUACAUGGACAUAAAGAGCGCUUAAACAUGGAAGGAAAGUCAAGUGAGAGCGAGAGCCUGGAGAGAGAACGGCAGUAUUGCGAGCUUUGCGGGAAAAUGGAGAACCUUAUGAAAUGCGGAGGGUGUCGCAGCUCGUUCUACUGCAGUAAAGAGCACCAGAAACGAGACUGGAAGAAACACAAGCAAUUGUGCAAAAAGGCCGACAAGCAGCAGGCUGACCCCGCGAAACCGCGAGCCAAAGAACGCGACGCGGUACAAAGUAGCACUUCCGAACAUUCGAAACAAUGUAGCACUUCUCAGAGUAACUCCGCCGCCGUCACCUCAGCCGGCGAAAGUGAGAGAGAUUUUAUCAAGUCCGCCACCUGUUCGGAUACCCCGUCUGAUGCUAAACCGGACACCUCGAAGCCCAACGGACAGACGAGGUCAUCUCCUCAGAAACUGGCCCAGGACUACAUAGUGCCAUGUAUGAACAAACACGGCAUCUGCGUGGUGGACAACUUCCUUGGAGACGAGAUCGGAAGCAGCAUUCUGGAGGAUGUCAGAGCCCUGUACCUGACCGGAGGUUUUACGGAUGGACAGCUGGUCAGUCAGAGGAGCGAUUCGUCCAAGGACAUACGGGGGGAUAAGAUUAUCUGGGUGGAAGGGAAGGAGCCGGGCUGUGAUCGCAUAGCGUUUCUCAUGAGCCGCAUGGACGAUCUGAUACGACACUGUAACGGUAAACUGGACAACUACAAGAUCAAUGGAAGAACGAAGGCAAUGGUGGCAUGUUACCCUGGCAACGGAACAGGGUACGUACGGCAUGUGGAUAACCCAAACGGAGACGGGAGAUGUGUCACGUGUAUAUAUUACCUGAAUAAAGACUGGGAUGCCAAGGAACAUGGUGGACUUCUGCGGAUCUUUCCAGAGGGAACUGCUCAGUUUGCAGAUAUUGAGCCCAAGUUUGACAGACUUUUAUUCUUCUGGUCAGACAGACGGAACCCGCAUGAGGUUCAGCUGGCGUACGAGACCAGGUAUGCCAUAACAGUUUGGUAUUUUGAUGCUGAUGAACGAGCCCGAGCUAAAGAGAAAUAUCUAACAGGUGCAGGUGAAAAGGGCGUGAAAGUAGAACUAAACCGACCGUCUGAGCCCAGCUAGUGAACAAGUAUUGAAUGGAGUGGACAGAAUGAACUUCUAGAGUCCUUUUGCCUGCUGCUGAGAGAGGAAUUGGAAAGAGGGAAAGAAACUCUUUUCUCAGUCCUCCAUCUACGGUAUCAUCUAAGGGGCUUCUCAUGGGCACUCUGAAUGUGGUAGAGCUAUACUGCAGUGAAAGACGUUAUAUGCUUUGUUUUCUUUAUGAAGAAUGCUGGCUUAUAUAAGUUUUGGAAGGACUAAAUGUGAAAAUCAAAGGAAGUGUGUGUUCGGACUGUUCAGUACAAGGUUAUUUUGAGCUUUGAACCCCAAACCCUACAGCUUCUUGACCUGGUCCUCAUACGUUUUGACUUUGCACAUUUAUUAAUAAAGGUACAGUUUUGUCUGGCAAGCCUCAAGCUACAAACAAAACACAAUAAAACAAAAUCUUUUUCAAGGUUAUAAGCUCAGCUAAAUGUCCUGUAUGUGUUAUUGCACUCAUAAGCCACAGUCUGUAAUGGAUUUGUGUUUUUUGAAUGGUUCUUAAUACAGUUUGCAAGGGGCUACAUGAGUCAUGCUUCUUGAUCAUGGCUUGCACCUGUUGCUUAGUAGCACAGUGUAUUGCUGGAUUGUCUUUACUAGUAAAUAGCGAUAUGUCUGUUGUUGCAGACGUUAUGUCUAUGUCACAGCCAAAACUGACACUUAUGUCUGUCUGAAAGCUCCUGAGUUUUAAAUAAAAAAAGCUGUUUAU